AUGAAAAUAUAAGCAUCAAUAAAAAGUACAUAGAAUAAAAUAAAGGAGUUUAACUUAAAAAGUAAAUUAUCUGUAAAGGAAAAUUGGAAAAAAGAAGAAGUUAAAUCUUUUUUGACUCUUUAAUCUUCUGUCAGUGCUCCUCGACUACACUAAAAUUAUGAUUUCGUAAUGAUCAAAGGAAACAGAACUUUAAAAGGUUUAACAGCCAAAUUUAAAGGUUUAGUAGAAGAGCCAAAGCCUUUAUACGUAGUGAUGCAAAAAAACGCUGAUCCACUAAAAUUUUGGGGUAAUGAAAAAAAUCCUUACUUAGUAAGUUAAGGGUUCGAACUACCUAAUACAGCUAUAAAAUCUCCAAAAAACAAGAAUGAUAUAGAUUUAAUUUAAAACAAUAAUCCAUAAAAAGUUGCAAGCCCUAAAAAUAAAACUUCAAUAAAAGCUUAAAAAAAAGCAGACAAACUGAUAGGGAUUUUCCCAGAAAACGAAACAAAUAUUUUUUCUCAAGCGACACAUCUUGGAAAGAUGAGUCUUCCUCCAAUAUAUCCACGUAAAAUUAAGAAUAGGUAUUUUUAGAGUGCAGUGUAAUAAUGA